AUGGAUCAAUCGACGAAUGCUUUACCCCGAACUGCUUCCCAGUCAGUCAAAAUUGACUGUGAGAAAGAUCUCCAAGGAAAAGUGAGAAUUCUCGAGGCUCGAAUUCCUAACGAUUAUCGUCCAGAUUUGACUGACACUGACUAUCGUCCGGAAGGCCUAGAUGAUUCGUUCUAUCACAAAUUGGGUGAAGGGAGUACAGGAAUUGCUGUAGCAGCUGUCCGCAAAGUCAAAGGCGUUUUUGGAGACAUUCAGCGAGAGAAAGUCGUUUUGAAGAAAUACAACAUCACUAGCUUUCUUGCAAAUCAAGUAAAAGAUGGAUACACUUCCAUGCUUCGAGAAUUCCAAAAUCUUCAAUAUUUGAUGCACGACAAUAUCGCUGAAAUGAAGGAUUCUUUUUGGAGUCUAGAUGAGAAAGGAAAUUUGAAUCAAGUUUGGAUUGUCACGGAAAGAAUGGACUUCAAGCUAUCGGAUUUUUUUAGACACAAAGCGAAGAACGACCAUACGGCAACGCCACAUCGACGUGAUCAUCGUCAUCUUGGCUCAAUUCUCGUUCAGAUUUUACGAGCCCUUGACUACUUGCAUCAACGCGGGAUCAUGCAUCGCGAUGUAAAGCCAGACAACAUUGGAAUCAGCAAGCAGUGCCACUUGAAACUCUUUGAUUUUGGCGUUGCAAGGCCAACUAACACCGUAAAAGAGCUGACACAAUUGGUUUCUACGCCUCGAUAUCAUCCGUUAGAAGUGCAACUGUUAGAGCCAUACGACUGGGGAGUUGACAUUUGGGCAACCGGCUUGGUGGCACUUGAAUUUCUCAAUCAUCCAUUCUACCCGGCAAGUGUGAACUCGACAGACAAAAUCAAACAGAGAAUUCUUGACGUUUUUGGUGUGCCGGGAGACAAGUACAAAGAGUUUUUUAAAUACAAGUUGAUGAAUGAGGUGCAACGUGACGGUUGCUUCAAUGCUUUUCUGACCACGGCUUUUAAGCGACUGGCACCCGGAUUUCGGGAUUUUAAUGAAGACAAUUUGCGGGAUCUUCUCAGCCAAAUGCUCUGCAUCAACCCGCGAAGACCCCUGGCAAGCGUGCUUCUCGAUCAUAACUAUUUGAGAGCAGUGAAUAGUGACAUGACGAGGAAACACGUUCAAAUCCCGGCCCACGAACAUCACGCGAAAAAUCAACGCGACAAGGAAACGUUGCUGAAAAUGCUCAAGAACUUUUCUAGGCAAUUG